AGCAGCAGAACCGCCUCUUUUCCUCUCCGCCCGUCUCCGACCACCCGGAAGACACUCAUGCGCAUGUCCCCCCCCACGCGGUAACCGUGUCAAUGGGCAUCAUGGCCGAGCCGGCGCAGACCACCGCCGGCGCAGCCGCCUCCGCGCCAGACAUCAAACAAGAGCAUGACCCGACGACUGGCCUCGAGGGCCUCGACUUCAGCCUGUCGCCCGAGCUCGCGUCCAAGCGGCCCUUCCACGAUGUCGCAAGCGGCGCGACGGACAGUCCAGAGGCGAAGCGCGCAAAGACGGAGGAGGGCCAAGUCGAGGAGGACUCGCUCGAAGACGGCCUCGCCCUCCUUGUCCAGAAUGCCCUAUCCAACGUCGGCGACCUGGUCGACCAGUUCAGCGCCGGCCCCGACGCCUUGCCCGCGCACUCGACCGCUGAGCCCAUGGAAGUGGACAGCGCGCCGACCCCGGAGCCGACCAAGACCCCGGCCACGUUUGCGCUCGAGCCUCAGCGGUACAUUCGCGAGAUGAACAUGCAUGCGCUGGGAAACUUGGCCAUCUCUCUACUUCUCAUCGUAGCGCAGCCACCGCUCGAAGACACUAUCAAACUGAUACGCAACGGCGACUCGGACCACGGGCGCUCGUACCGUCAGCUCAGGCAGUCACUAGAACAGACCCGAUCCCUAUACACCUCAAAACACGUCCUAUCAGCGCUCGAGCUGGAAAUCCAUGACACCGACUCGCGCACCCUCCUGGAGCUGGCGAACCUGGCACAGCUCGGCUCAUGGCUGGUCGACGGCAGCCAGAACUCGCUCGACGAGGCCGACGAGUCCUUCCUGUCAAUGUUUGACUGCCAAGUCUCCGACCUGCCAGCCGGUAUGGAGGAACUGUAUCUGGGCAUCAUGACGCAGAGAGCCGUCGAGUCCCUUGCCGUCAAGGAGCCGGAAAAGCCCUCGGAGGAGAUUUUAGGCGAGAUAUUAAUGUCGGGGCUCGAGGACCGGCUGCGCGGUCAGCAUGGCGGCAAUGAGCUUACGUCCGCGGACCAGCACUUUGUCUCGUCCGUUCAGUCCCGCAAAGAGACCCUGCAGGGGGAGGCAAAGGAGCAACCCGAGCCCACCGCCCUUCGGGAAAAGCACCCCUUGGAAGACCUGCUGCGAUUGUACGUCAAGUACGUCAGAGAGCGCCUCGCGGCGACAUCGCACCUGGGACCCAAGUUCGGCAUAUCCAUGGACAUACGCGACGCUUCUACCGCAGCAGACGUCGCAAGUGACACGAGCGUCGGCCACGCCAACACCGACACCCAUCAUGCCGAGGGCGAAGUAGACGUCGACCUGGAUGACCUGUCGUCAUUCUUCGAAAAGACGGCCUCUGGGCUGGUACAGGACGCGCUGGCCGGUCUUACGGAGGAGACAAACGAGGCGUCGACAGCAGAGGGAGGCGAGCAGGGCGUUCACACCAACGGCGUAACCAAGGCCACGACUGGGCAAACAAACGGGAAGAUCGAUCUCACAACAGACUACAAGGAACUGGAGGCGCUGGUUGCCGAGAGCACGUCCAACUAUGUCAGGACAACGCUGCACGGCCUCUCGCCUGUCCCGUACCAGCCGACCGUUCCCCAAAGCACGGAAUCGUUGGCGGCCCAGCUCCCGUACCUUCAGCAGCUGCAGCAACAUCAGGCGCAGCACCCUUACUACACUUCAUACUCACAGCCUCCGCCCGAGCCACAGGCCCCGGCCCCGGCCCCUGGCGAAAACCUCCCCCCGAAUCAGACAUGCUCCAGUGCGACCUUGUACGAUAAAGCCCGACAGGCGGCCUUGUCCAAGACGUCAUCGCACACGAGGAGAGAGGGCUCCCACUCGACGAGGCGGCCAUGGAGCCAGGACGAGGAGAAGGCGCUCAUGGCUGGACUUGACAUGGUCAAGGGACCUCACUGGAGUCAGAUUCUGACCCUUUUCGGGCACAACGGCACCAUCUCGGACAUUCUGAAGGAGCGGACGCAGGUCCAGCUCAAGGACAAGGCGCGGAACCUCAAGCUGUUCUUCCUCAAGACGAACUCGGAGAUGCCAUACUACCUGCAGGCCGUCACUGGCGAACUCAAGACGAGGGCUCCUACUCAGGCCGCCAGGAAGGAGGCGGAGGAGCGGGCGCGUAUGACCUCGGAAGAGGACCAGGCCAAGCUGCAAGGGAUCCUGACGCUGGCCGGCGGGCUGCAACACCCACCCCAGGGACGAGCCACAGGAAGCCCAGCCACGGGCAAAAGUGGCAGCGUCGUGACACCGGCGCAAGCCGCGGCGGCCGCUACGUCGUCUGCGCAGCGGCCGAGUCCGCAGCAGCCAAGCAGUCCGUGGCACGCGUCCGCACAGGCAGCGAGCCGUCCGCAUGGGGGCGUCGCCGCAUCAUCGUCGUCGACGCCAGCAUCGGCGCAGACGACGACGACGACGACAUCGACCACGACGCAGGGUACCAAACCGGGCGUGCAGGCGACAACACAGCAGGUGCUACAGUCGAUGCCGCAGGCUCCUCCGCGGCCACAGGCUCAGAUCCCCCCUCAGGCACACAGGCCGCAGCCGUACGGCAACCAGCCGCAUCAGCUGCAGUACCAGCAUCUGCAGCAAGCCCAGCAACAGGCCCGGCCGCAGACCCAACAACAGAAGCCUCAGGGGCAGCAGGGGCAACAGCAGCAACAGCAACAACAGCAACAACAGCAACCGCCUCAACAGCAACCGCCUCAACAAGGCCAGAGCCAGCCGCAAGCUCAAAACACGCAGGUACUGCAACAGCAACAGCAGAGCCCUGCCGCCCGGUCGCCAGCAACGCCCCAGCCUGCGGCGCCUCCCUCGCAACCGCAACGCCCACUGUCUGCUCAAGCCCCGACGCCUACCCAGGGGCACACACCGGCUGCCGCUCAGCUUCAAGCCCGGGCUCCGGCUCCGGUUCAGGCGACGGCACAGGCGCAGCUACAGGGCCAGGCCACCGCGCAACAUUCCCAGGGUCAGACCCAACCUCAGGGCCAGGCACAGACUCAGCAUCCCCAAAGCCAGAUGCAGCCUCAGACGAAACCACAGCCGCAAGCAGCACAGGGGCAGGCCCAGACCCCUGCCCGCCCGGCGCCCGUUCCUGCGCAAGGCGCCCAGGGACACGGUCAGGCGGCUGCGGCCCAGACAAACCAGGCCAGACCGGUGCAACCACUGACUCCGAGCCAGCCGGCGCAAGGUCGACCGGCCCUCCCCGUUACAGCGCUGGGUCAGCAAGGCCAGCAGAACCAGCAGCAGAACCAGCAGAGCCAGGCUUCUCUCCAGAACGGUCUGGCUCAACCGCAGCGGCCGCAGAGCCAGCCUCCACCGUCACAUGCUGCGCCGCCUGCAGCGGCCCGUCCGCCUAGUGCUCCCGCGACGCCGCAGCCUCAGCAGCAUCCUCCCGCAGCGGCGUCGACAGUUCACGGACACCUGCCUCAACAGCAAACGCAACCACAAUCACAACCACAACCACAGGCGAACCACAACUCGGCUCCCGUGUCUGCGCCUCCGCCCCAGCAGGCGCCUACCGCCCAGGCACCAGCUCCUCUCGCUCUGCCAACGCAACCGCUCGAGGCAGCACCACCCAAGUCUCAGGAGGAGACACAGGCCGACGACAAUGCCGCCGAGGCCGCCCUACUCGAGGGUCUGCAGGCCGUUGUGGCCCAGAGCCUAGCAUCGUGAAUGCCAAGGACCUUUCCCGUCGCACACAUCGUUUUGUCUACGCGCCACCACCCUUUGGUGGACGGGAAAGAGAGUCGCACUGCCACGACAUGAAUGUUCUCACACACACGCUGUAUGUACGACUAAUGACAGACACCGGGCAGGGAGGGGAGGGCCGCAACAUAGCUGGUCCAAGCAGCCCCAUGCUUUUCCUCAUCUGGGCCGCUUGCUUUCUCUCAUUAUCACUUUACCUUAUAUCUUGUUUUCCGGCGCAAUAGGAGGAGCAGGGGCGGAGAGGCGCCGGGCUGGCGCGAUCCUUUCAAAGCUACAUCUUACACCGGGGUGGUCAGCCAAAAUUACGCUUUUUCUAGCUUUUCUGCAUGGGAAAUGAUACCACGGAGUCUUAGGGACGGAUGAUGGGGUAGGGUAGGGAUUCGUCAUCAUCACAUUUGGGGGUCUAUGCGCGGCGACA